AUGGAAUUGAUUUCGCAUAUUUUUGCAGUUCAAUUGUUUAUGUUAAUAAUAACUGUAAUAAAUUCAUAUCUUUUACCACAUGGAGCCUUCAACCGCGAUACGAAAAACGAAACACAGCUUUUGGAAGACCAAGAAUUAGUUAAUAGAAUACGAAGAACAGCUGCCUCAACGGAAAAAGAUCGUCUUUGGGAUCAGGGUAUGAUUCCCUAUGUAUUUGACAGUACUUUUUCUGAAUCACAACAGAGAUUAAUAAAAGAAGUAAUGCGUGAGUGGGAGAAAUCAACCUGCAUAACAUUUAUUGAAAGAAUCCCGAGAUUCCAUGCAAAAUGUUGUUUUAUAUUCUCACCGCGUUUUCCAAAUAUAAAACUAAUAAGUUUACGAAUUGGGUGUGUCGAUUUUCCGAUUAUUCUUCAUGAAUUGGGACACGCAAUUGGUUUUGAACAUGAACACAAUCGUCCAGACCGUGAUAAAUAUGUUGAUAUCAUUGGUCAAAAUAUACAUCCAGAUGAUGUAGAUGAGUUUAUGAAACUAUCACAUGAUGAAAUAGAAACAUUCAAUCAAACUUAUGAUUAUCGUUCAGUAACGCACUAUCCUGAAGAUUCAUUUUCAUUCGACUGGAGGCUGAAAACAAUUAUCCCGAAGCAAGAAAAUGAACACGAAGCCCCAGCUAUUGGAAACAAGAAUGUACUUAGUUUGGGUGAUAUUGCUACAACAAAUCUUUUGUACCAGUGUCCAAAAUGUGGAAGAACAUUAUUGGAGCCUAGUGGUAUUUUUAGCUCGCCAAUGAACGCAAGUGGAUCGUUGGUAGGUUCUGAACGUUGUGAAUGGAGAAUAAGGGCUGCCAAAGGUGAAACAAUCGAACUUUAUAUUACGGCAUUAAGUAUAUACGAGAGCUCUGAAUGUACAAUUGACUAUUUGGAAAUUAAAAAUGAUUACGUGACUAAUGUUAACAUAUCGGGUUAUCGUUAUUGUGGCAAUAUUUACGUAGCUAAGUUCUUAGCUAGUAAUUAUUUGGUACUGACAUAUGUGAAAGCCAGUGGCUCAAGUAUUUUCAACAGUUUUCGAAUUGAUUACAAGACUAUUUGCGGAGGUGAUAUUGACAUCGAGAAAGAUACACCUCUCAGUAUAGAAUCGACAAACUAUCCUUAUAAGUAUCCGCCAAAUAGACGGUGCGUUUGGUAUUUUACAGCACCAGACAAUCAUCGUAUAGUAAUGAAGAUCAAUUACUUUGCUCUUGAAACGAGUGAUGGUUGUAUGAAUGAUUUUCUCGAAAUUAGAGACGGCAAUGAUAACCAUGCAGUUCUUAUUGGGCUCUACUGCGGCAUCAAAGACUCUUGGCACGUUAAUUCAACAGACAAUAAAUUGUCGGUUGUAUUUGUGAGUAAUGGAAUGAACCAGGAUAAUGGCUUUUCAGCCACGUUAACAGCACUGCCUAUAAAUAGUUAAUUUACUAAAUUAUAUUUAUGAGGCUAACUAGAUAAA